AUGUUAAGAUCUGUUUUCACUAGACAAUCUUUACGUGCAUACUCUACAAAGACUCAUGAUCUAGUGGUCAUCGGAGGUGGUCCAGCAGGUUAUGUGGCUGCUAUUAAAGCUGCUCAAUUAGGUUUCGAUACUGCUUGUAUUGAGAAGCGUGGGAAACUAGGUGGUACAUGUUUAAAUGUCGGUUGUAUUCCAUCUAAAGCAUUAUUAAAUAACUCUUUGUUCUAUCAUCAAAUUCUUACGGAUUCAAAGAAUAGAGGUGUUGAUGUCGACCCAAAAGCUGUUGGUUUAAAUUUUAAGAAUUUUAUGGCUGCAAAGGAAAAAGUCGUUAAUCAACUAACUGGUGGUGUUGAAAUGUUAUUUAAGAAAAAUAAAGUCACUUAUUACAAAGGUGAAGGUGCAUUUAAUUCAGAGACCGAAGUUAUGGUAAAACCUGUUGAAGGUUUAAAAGGUACAGUGGAAGAAGAAGUCAUGUUAAAGGCUAAAAAUAUUUUAAUCGCUACUGGUUCAGAAGUUUCUCCAUUCCCAGGUAUUACUAUCGAUGAAGAACGUAUUGUUUCCUCGACAGGUUGUCUAUCAUUAAAUGAAGUACCAAAAAGAUUAGCUAUUAUUGGUGGUGGUAUUAUUGGAUUAGAGAUGGGUUCUGUAUACAAUAGAUUAGGUUCAAAAGUUACAGUUUUGGAAUUUCAACCAAAGAUUGGUGCUUCUAUGGAUGAUGAAGUUGCCACCACUACACAAAAAUUAUUAAAGAAACAAGGUAUUAAUUUUAAAUUACAAACAAAAGUCAUGUCGGCCACCAGAAAUGGUGAUAUAGUCAACAUUGAAAUGGAAAAUGCAAAGACAGGGGAGAAAGAAUCUAUUGAAGCCGAUGUCCUAUUAGUUGCAGUCGGAAGAAGACCUUACGUUCAGGGGUUAAAUGCUGAAAAGAUUGGUCUAGAAGUUGAUAAGAAAGGCAGACUAGUCAUUGAUGAUAAAUAUAGUACUAAACAUCCAAAUAUUAAAGUCAUUGGAGAUGUUACUUUUGGUCCUAUGUUAGCACAUAAAGCUGAAGAAGAAGGUAUUGCUGCAGUAGAAAUCUUUAAGACUGGCUAUGGUCAUGUUAAUUACAAUAAUAUUCCAUCUGUGAUGUAUUCUCAUCCUGAAGUCGCUUGGGCUGGGAAGACCGAACAAGAAUUAAAAGCUGAUGGUAUAGAAUAUAAAGUCGGUAAAUUCCCAUUCAUUGCUAAUUCAAGAGCUAAGACUAACCAAGAUACUGAUGGAUUUGUUAAGAUCUUGAUCGAUGCAAAGACUGAAAGAUUAUUAGGGGCUCAUAUUAUUGGUCCAAAUGCUGGUGAAAUGAUUGCUGAAGCCGGUUUGGCUCUAGAGUACGGUGCAUCUGCCGAAGAUAUUGCUAGAGUUUGUCAUGCUCAUCCAACUUUAUCGGAAGCCUUCAAAGAAGCUAACAUGGCUGCCUUUGAUAAACCAAUUAACUUCUAA